UCCCAUCUGGUCUUUGUGGAAUUCAAAGCGAAACUUAGAAAGAAAAGUCAUGGCUAACCUCAUAGUGGCAGCGAUUGAUAUUGGUACAACCUUCUCUGGUUAUGCAUUUUCUUUUGUGCACCAAUACAUGAAAGACCCAUUGAAGAUCUCAAUAAAUUCAUGGACUGCAGGCUGCGGGGCUGUAGUGUCUUUAAAGACAUCGACAUGUGUUCUUUUUGAUCCAAAGGGAGAGUUUCAUUCCUUCGGUUAUGAUGCUGAGGAUAAGUAUUCAGAAUUGGCCCUUGAUGACAAUCAUCAUGAUUGGUAUUACUUUAGAAGAUUCAAAAUGACUCUGUACAAAAGGAUGGACUUAACCAGAAAAACCCUUAUUGAAGAUGACAAAGGAAAGGAAAUGGAGGCAAUAAAAGUAUUUUCUUCUGCUAUUGGCUAUCUUAAAGAUCAAAUGUUGAUCAACUGCAAAAAGCAGCUCACAGGCAUAGAAGAGUCUGAUAUAACGUGGGUUUUAACAGUGCCAGCAAUUUGGAACGACAAGUCGAAACAAUUAAUGAGAGAAACCGCGGAAGAGGCUGGUAUAUGCAGAGAUAAGUUGGUGCUUGCCCUUGAACCUGAAGCAGCUUCGUUAUACUGCAUGUACCUUCCAAUACAUAAAGACAGUGAUAAUUCUAACUAUGGAGUCUUUAAAUCUGGAGAAAAAUAUAUGGUUGUUGAUGCUGGAGGUGGUACAAUAGACAUUACUGUCCAUGAAAUCAGGGAAAAUGGAUCUGUAAAGGAACUCCACAAAGCCAACGGAGGUGAUUGGGGUGGGACCAAUGUAGAUGCAUCAUUUAAGACUCUCUUGGCCGAUAUUGUAGGAAAGGACGUUUUCGAGAAAUUCAGUUCUGAUAACAAGUAUGAUUUUCUUGAUCUUAUGCGGGAAUUUGAAAUAAAAAAGAGGAAAAUCAGCCCUGAUCUAAAUGGGUUAGUGACGAUUAAAGUCCCAGUCAGAUUGUCAGAGACAUUUUGCAAAAUGAACCCGGGAAUCAACAUAGCAGAUGUUUGUACAAGGAACUCAAAAUACAGAGAACAACUGACUUGGAGCAUCGAUAAAAUUCGAAUAGAGGCAAGUCUUGUGAAGAUGCUAUUUCGAGGAAGUUGCAUCAAAAUAGUAAACCAUAUGAAGGAGCUAUUCACACACCCUGCAGUAAACGAUGUGUCAUUCAUUUUACUAGUAGGAGGUUUUUCAGAAUCACUCAUGUUACAAUCGGAAAUAAGAGAGGCAUUUAAAAACAAAAAAGUCAUUAUACCAGAAGAAGCUGGGUUGGCGGUUUUAAAGGGAGCGGUAUUAUGUGGACAUGAACCCGAAAAAGUUUCAGGUAGAGUUUGCAGAUAUACAUAUGGAGUUAAGACAACAACAAAAUUCAAUAGUUCCAUUCACCCUAAAUUUAAAAAAAUCAUACGCAAUGGUAUUGAACGCUGUGACGAUAUCUUCAGUAUUCAUGUCCGUGUGGGACAAGUGGUUGAGGUCGGGGAACCACAAAUGAAACGAACAUACACACCGGUAGAACCAGAUCAAACGAAUGUUGAAUUUGAUAUAUACACUUCACAUGACAAAGAACCGACAUACACGACAGAUGAAGGAUGUACACAUCUCGGCAAGCUUACAGUUGCCAUGCCAGACACAUCCAAGGGAAUGGAUCGAGAAGUCAUUGUCCACAUGACGUUUAGUGGAACUGAAAUUGCUGUCACAGCAGUAGAUCCAGAUAACCCCGAGAGAGCUGUAACAACCAAUGUUGACUUCCUUGGCUGA